AUGACCAUGGACCUGGAGGUUGGGCUGAGGCAGUGCAUCGUUUCUUGCUUGGAAUUCCACCGCCUGGUAGGCAUGCCGGUUCUAGAGCGCGCAGGUUCGAGUCCAUCGAAGCAGGGAAAGGACAUUGAUCGUGAAAACAAUGUGCUCGAAAACAAAACUGACGAUGUGCAGACCGUGGUUCUCGAGGCCAAGAGCGUGGCCGAGUCCGCACUGGAAACAUCGAAGGGAUGCCAAAUGGGAGCGCUGACAGAAGAUGUGAGGUUAGUGAAAGAAGAUAUGAAGCAGAUUUCAAACCAGGUGAAUGGCAUACAGGACGAAAUGGCGUGA